UGGGAUUUAAAAAACUCACCACCACCACCACCCCCUUUCCAGUAUCGUAUAACCCAACAUCAAAUGUGGGUGAACUUAGUUAUUCCGUGGGACAAGAAGAACUAAAAAGUGGCCAAGCAAAGUCUGCCCUCUGGGGAGAACAACUGUUCUCUUGUUGUUGACCUAAUCUAGUUCUACUACUCAGAUCCAAAUUCACUAUUGACUGAUUGGUCGGCUUCCUAAACGAGGGAGGAGGGGGGUGACGAGCAUCCCUUUCUAUCAGGCAAGCUGAGACAAGGAGAAUCCUGUUUCUCCUCCCCCCCACCCCUCCGCCUCCCAGGUGUCUCUGAAAAUAAGAGUCGAGGUCUUCACCUCCUCUGCCUUCCUUACCUAAAGUCAUUCAGAGGGCUCGUAUUUUGACAAGACUUCUUUUUCCCAGAAGCUUAUGGGAAGGUGGAGUCUGGACUGUAAUUGACUAAAGACCUUUGUGUGGAUUUAAACGACCCCAGCAGUAGGCAAUGGAGACUGGCUCGGUGUGCCGGACUUCCGAGCGGGUCUGAGCCCGAGCCUUCGGGGUACGUAGAGUUUCAGAGCGGCCAUGGAAGCGGCUGGCAGCGAAGACGCCAUCAGCUUUCAAGAUGAAGCUGUGGAUAAAAGCAUAUUUAAGGACUGCAACAAAAUUGGUUUCUACAGACGUCAGAAGCUACUCCCAAGGAAGAAUACCUAUCGGGCAUUACUGGAUUCAGUCACCUCAGGCAAAGACAGCACCAAAUUCCAGAUCAUCAAUGAAGUGAAUAAGGUUCCUCUCUUGGCUGAAGUCUAUGGAAUAGAGGGAAAUAUUUUCAGGUUAAAAAUCAAUGAAAUGGCUCCCCUGAAUCCAAGGUAUGAAAUCUCCGAUGUCCUCAUACAGAAGCCGGCUACCAAAAGGCUGACGCCAUGCCCAGGGGAUACAGGUACUCUGGUGCUGAAAGAUGACUCAGGAAAUCUGAAGUUUCACAUCUCAGCAAACCCCUUCAAGAUAGAUCUGUCUUCUGAAGAAGAGCCCGUGUUAAGCAUCAAUUCCACAGGCAGGCUGUACUUUGAACAUUUGCAGAUGCCACCCAAACACAGAAUUUCCAAAGAAGAAGAUGUGAUGACUGAUCCUUCCCAGGAAAGUCAAGAUGAUCUGGGCCUUUGGCAAGAGAAAUUUGGCAAAUUUGUGGAUAUCAAAGCCAAUGGCCCCAGCGCCAUAGGCCUGGACUUCUCCUUGCAUGGAUUUGAGCACCUCUAUGGGAUCCCACAACAUGCAGAAACCCAUCAGCUCAAAAACACCAGUGCUGGAGAAGCUUACCGCCUAUACAACCUGGACGUCUAUGGGUACAAGAUACAUGACAAAAUGGGUAUCUAUGGCUGCGUGCCUUAUCUCCUGGCACACAAACAAGGCAGAACAGUGGGCAUUUUCUGGCUGAAUGCCUCAGAAACCUUGGUGGAAAUCAACACACAGCCUACAGUGGAACACAUGCUGUCCCAGGAAGGCUCAGUUUUGGCGAAGCAGAAAGUCAAGGCUCAAACUGAUGUGUGUUGGAUGUCAGAGAGUGGAAUCAUUGAUGUUUUUCUGUUAAUGGGACCAACCCCUGCUGCAGUCUUCAAACAAUACUCAGUACUUACAGGCACACAAGCCCUGCCUCCACUCUUCUCCUUGGGAUACCAUCAGUGCCGUUGGAACUACGACGACGAACAAGACGUCAAGGCUGUGGAUGCUGGGUUUGACGCCCAUGACAUCCCUUAUGACGUCAUAUGGCUGGACAUAGAACACACCGAGGGCAAACGGUACUUCACGUGGGACAAAAAGAAAUUUCCAGAUCCUAAAAGGAUGCAAGAGCUGAUCAGGAGUAAAAAACGCAAGGUCGUGGUCAUUACUGACCCCCACAUCAAGGUUGAUCCCAUGUACUCAUUGUACUCUCAGGCAAAAGACAAGGGUUACUUCGUGAAAAAUAACAAAGGUGGAGAUUUUGAGGGUGUAUGUUGGCCUGGAGCCUCUUCUUACCUAGAUUUCACCAACCCCAAGGUACGAGAAUGGUAUUCAGGUCUUUUUGCCUUCUCUGAAUAUCAGGGUUCUACUGACAUCCUCUUUAUAUGGAACGAUAUGAAUGAGCCUUCUGUCUUUAGGGGGCCAGAGCUGACCAUGGAGAAGAAUGCCAUUCAUUAUGGCAACUGGGAACACAGAGACCUUCAUAAUAUGUAUGGCUUUUACCAGCAAAUGGCUGCAGCAGAAGGCCUGAUCCAGAGGUCUAACGGGGAGGAGAGACCCUUUGUUUUGACCCGUUCUUUCUUUGCUGGAUCACAGAAGUAUGGUGCAGUAUGGACAGGAGACAACAAGGCAGAGUGGGGUUACCUGAAAAUUUCCAUCCCAAUGUUGCUGACUCUCAGUGUCGCUGGUAUUGCUUUUUGUGGAGCUGACGUAGGUGGAUUUAUCGGAGACCCGGAGCCAGAGCUGCUGGUACGCUGGUACCAGGCUGGAGCCUACCAGCCCUUCUUCCGAGGCCACGCCACCAUGGACACCAAGCGGCGCGAACCCUGGCUAUUUGGAGAGGAAAAUACCCAGCUCAUCAGAAACGCCAUCAAAGAGCGCUAUGCCCUCCUGCCUUAUUGGUAUUCCUUGUUCUACCACGCGCAUGUGGCGUCCGAGCCCGUCAUGAGGCCCCUUUGGGUAGAAUUCCCAAAGGAAUUAGAAACUUUUGAUGUGGAAGAUGAGUACAUGUUGGGAAGUGCUUUGCUAAUACAUCCGGUCACAGAACCAAAGGCCACAAUGGUUGAUGUGCUUUUGCCUGGGUCUGAGGAGGUCUGGUAUGACUUCCGGACGUUUGUUCAUUGGGAAGGAGCACGUACCCUGAAGUUCCCCGUAGCCUUGGAUAGCACGCCAGUGUUUCAGCGGGGUGGCAGUGUGAUACCCAUGAAGACUGCUGUCGGGCGGUCCACAGGGUGGAUGCCCCGUCUCCCGUAUGAGCUCCGGGUAGCUCUGGACUCCCAGGGUUCUGCAAGAGGCGAACUCUACCUUGAUGAUGGACAUUCAUUCCAAUACCUCCAUCAAAAGCAGUUUCUUCAUAGGAAGUUUUUAUUCAGUGCAGGUGUUUUGUCUUCCAGUGGUGCAGACGAAAAUGGUCAUUACCACAGCGAGUGUGUGGUGGAAAAAGUCGUGAUCCUGGGCAUCAAUAAGCAACCUUCCUCUGUGACUGCCAGUUGUCCUGACAUGGCAGACACACAAGUGGCUUUUACCUACGGCUCCAAGACCUCUGUGCUUCACCUGGAAAAACUUUCAUUGAAUGUUGGCGUUGAUUGGGAAAUCCACAUCAAGUGAUAAGAGAAGAAGGACCUUCACAAUCUGCGCAGGAAAGUUCAGAAUCCCAAGAAAACCCAUCUUGGAGGAUGUCAAGAGGCCUCUGUACCUGUGCUGGUCUCUGAUUGACCUGCCUGGCUCACAGAGACUGCUGGCUGGUCGCAGUACAACAAGUGGAGGAAGGAAUAUGAUGAUAUUUCAUAUCUUCUUUUCUUUCUAAGUUUUUGGUGAUAAUAAUUUUUCAUUCAUUCAAAUUUCAUUUCAUUUCAAAUCAUUAAAUUUCAUUAUGUCAGGAGCUGGGGCUUUUCCUUGACACAAAUAACCUAGAAACAGCAAAUGACCUCCAUUUUUAGUAGCAUAGUGUCGUGAUUUGGGGUGGCCCUGUGCCAAGCCCUGUAACACAAUGAGCCACCUCUCCUUCCUGGGCCAGGUGGAGCGGGCUUUAGCUACGGGGACAGGUGGGCAUAGCUCUGCAGGAUUUGCUCCCAUCUGGGCCUUUCCGGGGCUGCUCCAUGGAAGGGAGUCAUGGCCCGAGACAAAGCUAGCAGCUGUGGUUCUAAGGAAUUCUGCCAUAUGUAUGUGGCAUAAACUCUGAAGUUAUAUCCCACCCACUCUGGGAUGAAUGAAACAAAACCUGAACAGCAGCUGAGAGCUUUUUUUGGUCUAGAAAUCUUCUUGAAGGGAGCAAAGAGAGUUCUUCUCCCCUCAGUCCCCAAGAGGUUAAUCUCAAACAGCCUCCCAGACUAAAAAGCACUCUUCUAUAUAUCAUUAUUACUUUUACAAAUCAAUUUUACAAAAAUAUUACUUUCUAGCCCAAGAAGAUACAGUGAGGGGAAAUCUAGGUGGCUCAGUAGAUGGAGAGCCAGGUCUAGAGAUGGAAGGACCUGGGUUCAAAUCUGGCCUCAGAUACUUCCUAAUCGUGUGACCCUGGGCAAGUCACUUAACUCCCAUUGCCUAACCUUUAUUGCUUCCCAUUACACUGUAUUGAUUCUAAGAUGGGAGUCAAGGAUUUCUAAAAAAAAAAAAAGAAAAAGAAAAAACUAUUGUGAGCUUACAUUGCCUAAAAUAUCAAAGAACAGGCUAUUCUCAUUUUCAGGGUCCUCUAUUGAACCCACUCUAUUUCUCCAACUUUGUCUCACACCAUUGUAGAACACAGAUUCUGUGUUCCAGCCAGGCCAGUCCUCGAAUUGUCCACAUUUAUGGCAUCUUAGUUCUUGCCCUCAUCCUUUGUUUAUACUGGUCCCCUCAAAUCAAUUUCUAGACCAAAAAACUCUGCGCUGCCAUUUGAGGUUUUGUUUCACUCAUCAGUGGAGCAGCCCUGGAAAGGCACAGGUGGGAACAAAUCCUGCAGAGCUGUGCCCUUCUGGCCCCCAAGUUAGAGCCUGAUCCCCCUGGCACAGGAAGGAGGUCCCCAAUCUUGUCCCCAAAUAUGACAUACUGUCCACCUAUCCAGAUCUUGCUUCCUCAUCAAAGUUUAGUUUAUGUCUGGUCUCAGACACUUCCUAGCUGUGUGACCCUGGGGAAGUCAUUUAACCCCAAUUGCUUAGUCCUUUUCAGCUCUUUUUGAUUAUUAGUAUUGAUUCUAAGACAAAAAUUUAGGGUUAAAAAAAGUUCAGUUCACCUCUUACCUCCUCCAUGAAGCUUUUCCAACUUUUCCAUGCCCAGUAAUCCAACCCUUCUCAGAAAUUCAUGCAGCAAAAUUAAUGCAACAUGAUCAGUCAAUGAGGGAAGCUGUUGAUUGGAGAAAAUGCUUUACAUCGAAUGUCUGAUAAUACUAAGAUAGAACGAGAACUAAUAGAGCUCUAUGAGACCUAGAACCUUUUUCAGUGGAUAAGUGGUUAAAGAUGAACCAAUAGUCUAGAAAGUCUGACCAUUAGUUUCCAUAGGAAGUUAUUUUCACCAAUAGGAAUACUUAUGGAAGAGAAAUCUGAUUUUGCUGCCUUCUUACCCUUUUCCUUCUGUUGAUUGUUUGUCCAGCUUUAAUUCCUAUCCCAUCCCCCUAAGAAUCAUUAGUUUCUUUUGGUUUUAAAACUCAAAUUUGUUCCUUUUUCUAGUGCUUUUUGAAGAUAUUAAUUUUAUUAAAGUCUUUUCCUUUUUGAAAAAAAGAAAUUAUUUAAAAGAAUUACAAUUAACCAUGUAAAAGGGCAACCAGGUAGUGCAGUACAUAAAGUCUGGGGCAAAAGGUCAGGAAGACAGCUCUUCCUGAGCUCAAAUCUGACCUUGGACCCUUAUGAGCUGUGUGACCCUGGACAAGUCACUUAAUCCUAUUUGCUUCAGUUUCCUCCUCUGGAAAAUGACCCGAAGAAGGAAAUGAGAAAUCACUUCACUGUCUUUGCCAAGAAAAUCCCAAAUGGGAUCAUGAAGAGUCAAAUAUGACUGAAAUGACUGAAUGACAGCCAUGUAGAAAUUGCUCUGAAUAAUAAUAACUAGCAUUUAUGUAACACUUUUAAGAUUUGCAGCAUUCUUUACAUAUAUGAUCUCAUUCAAUCCUCACAAUAACCCUAUGAAGUAGGUGCUGUUAUUAUUAUCCCCAUUUUACAGAUAAGGAAAAUUGAAGCCAAUGGUCCCUCUUCUCUCCUCUUCAUGUCACAUAACUGGGGCAUCUUCCCCCAUUGUCUUCACUCCUGUCUCCUUGCCUAGCCCAAUCCCUGUACGUUCACCCUUGAGCCUGUCCACUUCUGUCUUCUGUAAACAGGUUGCCUUCUUUAUUGUGGCUACUCACAGAUUUUUAGACUUCCUAUCUCCUCCUCUGUUGCCUACAUGCAUGCCCAUGGUUUAGACAUCAUUAAAAAAUCCCUCUCAGCACUACAUCCUCCCUAGCUCUUGUCUUCUAUCUCUUCUCCCCUUCUUGACUCAACUCCUUGAGAAUGCAGAGGGUUCUCUUAGUGCCUUCACUCCCUCUCUUCUCCCUCUCUCCUGAAUCCUCUUCAUCCCCUGAAACUCAAGCCUCCCAAGUCACCAAUGAUCUCUCUCUCUUUUAACUCUCCCCUUCUGUCUUAGGAUGGAUACUAGAUUUAAAGACAGAGUAGUAAGAGCUAGGCAGUGGGAGAUUAGUGACUUGCCCAGGGUCACACAGCUAGGAAGCGUCUGAGGCCAGGUUUGAACUCAGAUCCUCUCGACUCCAGGCCUGGCCCUCUAUCCUCUGAGCCACCUAGCUGCCCCCCAAUAAUCUCUUAAUUACCAGACACAAAGGCCUUUUUAAAAAAAGAAAAAUGCUUCUAGUUCUCUCUGUAGCAUAAAUGACACUGUUGAACACUUUCCCCUCCUCUCUCGAUCUCGUGAUCCUGCUGACUCUCAUUUCCCUCAGAGCCUUCAUCCCUACCACACCCACCCAUCAGGGUACCCCCCAGUGUUUUGUCCCAGGCCUUCUUCUCAUCCCUCUAGACCACCUCACUUCAUGAUCUCAUCAGCUCCCAUGCAUCUGAUUACAAUCUCUAUGCAAAUGAUUCCUAAAUCUAUACAUCCAGCCGUGGUCUCCUUCCUGAGCUGCAGUCCCACAUCACCAAUGCAUUUUGCACAUCAUUCAGCGGAUGCCAAACUCAGCACCUUCAGGACAGACCUCUUGUUUCCCAGCUGUAUGCCAGUACCCGAAUGAGAUCAUUGAAUAAAAAGUCCUCUAUGUUCCGAAAUAUUUAUAGCAGUCCUUUUUAUGGUGCCAAAAAACUGGAAACUAAGAAAAUGUGUCUGAAAAAGUUGUGGGACGUGAACGCGAUGUAUUAUAAGAAACAAAAAAAUAAAUGACUUCAGAAAGACUUCUAUGAACUGAUUAAGAGUGAAGUAAGCAGAGCCAGAAAAAUAACUUAUGCUAUAUCAUCAAUAUUUUUAAAUGAACAAUUUUGAAAAAAUUUUUAACUCACACAGAUGAAAUGAGCAAAACCAGGACAAUUUACACAAUGACAGAAACAUUGUAAAAACUAGUGAUUCUGAAAGCUUGUGGGAACUAUAAUCAAUACAAUGAAACACCAUGAUUCCAGAGAACUAAUAAUGGAGCAUGUUACCCAUUAGAGAAAGAGACACAGAUAUUUUUGUAUACAGCCAAUGGGGGGAUCAGUUUUGCUUGACUAUGCAUCUAUGUAAGAAAUUUGGGUUUUUUCUCUCUUUUUCAAUGAAUGGAGAAUGUGAGGGAGAGAAAAUAAUUUUUUGUUAUAGAGAGGUAAGAGGAGGGGCUUUACAAAUGUGAGAUAUUGCCUCCACUUUCAGAUGAGGUUGCAACAUUGUAGUACUAAUUUUACUUAUUUUUACUUAGUUGCAAGAGAUCACUCACCAGAUGAGAAUAAUCUCUAAAUGUAUGUAAUAGAAAAACAAAACAUCAAUAAAACGAAAAAUGACAGAAAA